UGACACUCGGUGGCGCGUGACGCCACGGACGUGCGCAUGGACAGUUGACUUUCAGCUUUAUGACGAUGCAGUGGACGGCUGCGAUGACGAUUGCGCUACUGGUGUCAGUGUCAAUCGCCUACGAAUGCUCCGCCAUAGAGGAAGACAUGGACUACGACGGCUAUGACAUUCGCUCGACGACCCAAGUUCGAGCGGAAGACUGUUGCAAGGACUGCUUUGACACAAAUGCUUGCGUCCUGCUUGUGUGGACGAAUGGAACGUGCUGGUUGAAGAGUUCGACGUCAGGCAAGCCAUCUCGAGCGUUUGGCAAGCGCGUGGGCUAUGUCCACCGCUCCGACCAGUGCGGCCCUAUCUUGGACAACACAGACUACACAUACUACUACUCGGUCGACCUGGGGUCGACGUUUCAAUCGCGGGCCGAAGCAUGUUGUAGCGAUUGCGCCAACUGGUAUGGAUGCGCAGCAUGGGUGUGGUACAACGACUCGGUGUGGAUGAAGAAUGGCGUGGCCGGGACGGGCACGUGCUACUUGAAGUCGUUGGACGCCGCCAUGUCCAAUCGCUCCAAAACGGCUAGGCCCGGCCGUCGGGCAGCCGAGUUAUUGCACCCCUUGACGACACGCCCCUCCAUAACCUUUCCAUCGCGCACCUCAGACAGCUCGUCGGGCGUGCCGACGACUAUCUUGAUCGCGCUGGGAUUCGGGGUAUUUGUAGCAUGCAUGGCAUGGUGCUACAAGUACUGCCCUUCGGAAAACACGCCGCCUGCUACCCCUAAUUUCGUGCAUGCCGACUUCAUCGAGAUAGGACGGCGCCGCCAAGACUUGGAUGGCAAAUCGGAGCACCUCUGGCGAUGCAACAUUUGCGCCUUUGAGAACGCGUCCGACAAAGAUGGGUGCCGUCUCUGUGAAACCACGCGCGGCAUCGCGUUCGAGUCACACGACCAGCUCAAUGCAGUGCAGCACAGUGCGUGGGCUCGCAACGCGUGGAGCCGGGUGCUCAACAAGUACGACCAACGACCCAUGUGGACGCAGCGGUCGAGCCACGUCUUUCACGACAAUACCACGUUUUACGUGAUUGGCGCCGCCGUCCAGCCAGCCCACGAGGAUGGCGCGGUCAUGAACAUGGAGAGUACCUCGGAUCGCUGUGACCGGCGUCAGGUGGCGCUGACGUGGCAGCGAUUGACGCGAGAAUGCGCCUCCGUGGCAGUCGACGGGUCGGUGCUCCCGUUGACGUGGUUUAAUGAGCCCGACGAGUCGGGCAGCCCCCGAGCGAUUCCGUUCCAAGAAAAGUUAGCGACCAUGUUGAUCUAUUUCACACACACGGUCAUGACAACGACAAAAUUCAAUCUCCAUCGAGACGCGCUCUGGACCGAGUCACUGGAAGCGCUGCUGCUGAUCCGACCAGAAAGCUUCGCCUCCAAGACCAAAAUCAAGUUUCUCGGCGAAGACGGCGUCGACGCGGGCGGCAUCCAACGCGAGUGGUACUCGCUCAUGGCGCACGCGUUCCUGGACCACGAGUUGUUUGUCGUCCACGCGAAUCGCAUGCUUGGCUUGAACCCGCUGGUUGCGGACCCGACCCACUUUCUCGCGCUCGGGCGGUUCCUGGCGCGGGCGAUCAUCGAUGGACAAGUCCUGCCGCUGUCGCUGACGGCGCCGCUGUUCAAGGCGCUGCUUGGAACCCCGCUAUCGAUCCACGAUGUCCGGUACAUUGACGAGAUGACGUACAAGUCGCUGUUGUUCGUGCGCGACACCGACUGCAUCGAGGCACUUGAUUUGGACUUUACGUGGACGCUGCCGGAUGGCCGCAGUGUCGAGCUCGUCGCCGGAGGCGCCGACGUUGCCGUCACAAGUGCCAACCAAGCCGAGUACGUGGCGUGCUUGGUGCGGUACUGGCUGUUUGAUUCGGUGCGGACGCCGCUCGAGCACGUCGUUCGGGGGUUUUAUGACGUCGUCGACCCCGUCGUCAUUGCAAACUUUGACUACAAGGAGCUCGAGCUCGUCCUGUGCGGCACGACCGACAUCAAUGUGGUCGAGUGGCAGUUCGAAACGGUGGUGACCGCCAACUUGACUGCAAGUCCGGCGCUGGCAUGGUUCUGGGACGUGGUCGAGCGGGACAUGCACCAGCACGACCGCGCCAAGCUCUUGCAGUUUACGACGGGGAGCGCCCGCGUCCCGCUGCAAGGGUUCAAGGCCCUCACCGGCCACGACGGCAACCUGUGUCCGUUCACGUUGCGGGGCGUGCCGUACACAAAGGGAGCAAUGCCCAAAGUCCAGACGUGCUUCAAUCGGAUCCUCCUGCCGCUGUACCCAUCUCGCAAACUCAUGCGGGAAGCGCUCUUCGUCCUGGUCAACAUGGAGAUUCAGGACUUUACCAUGCAAUAAUUGCAUUAUCGAUCGGUCGACUCGAUCGUGCAACUGAAAAAAUGAACCGCGUUGAG